AUGCCGCCACGCAGAGGUGCGGCGCGAGCGGCAUCCGCUCGAAAAGGUGCGUUGCGACGUCUAACGCCAGCCCCCGCACGCGCCGGCGGCCCCACGCGCAUAGCGCCGACGGCAUCGCCCCAGAUGUUGCACCACCAGAUUAUGCGCAACGCCUACGUCGUCGCGCAAUCGCAGCUACUACAGCUGGCUAAGCAGAUGGAGUUCGAUGCAGACUUGUCCAUCUGGGAAGAGGAAGCAUCAGAGAAGAUGCAAGAAUUCUGGGACCAGUCGCGCCAGAAUGUGAGCGACUUUUGUGCGCGUGUGCAGUACGUGUUCAUGGCUGACCGCAGCUCAAGCAUGGAGCCGAUGCCGAGCCUUGCCGCCGAGGUCGUCAAAUCGCCACGGAAAAAGCUCGAUAGCAGCAUGGUCACGGCCGUGCCGACCGCGCCUCCCUCGCCGACCCCUGCGCCACGCACUGCAGCCGCAGACGACGCUGCUGUGUGCCUGUCGCUGCAGGCGGAGCCGGCCUCGGUGCCGUUAGCGGACGCUCAAGCCUCAGCGCCACCCGCAGAUGCUCAAGCCUCAGUGACGCCCGCGGAGACUCAGACGACAGCGACACCUGCAGAGGCUCAGGCCUCAGCGACGCCAGCGGAGAGUCAGACCUCAGCGACACGUGCAGAGGCUCAGACCUCAGCGACGCCAGCAGAGACUCAGGCCUCAGCGCCCACGCUCGCGGCACCCGUGUCCGAGUCGCCCAAUGAAAUACCACUUCCCUUGCCGAACUCGACCCCAAGCACCACGCUUCGCACCAAGCGCACGCUCGGCACGGCAGUGCUUCGCAGCACGAAAAAGCCAGAUACCACGGAUGAGGCGCGCCCGCCGCUACGGCCACCCGCGCGUUUCCGCUCAAGUUUCUUGAACAAGAGCUUGCGACAUGCUAUGGAAGAGAGGCAAGUCGGUUCGUUAGACCGCGAUCUCGACGACAGCAUUUACGAGCCAAGUCCCAAGGACGCAUCGCCGCAGGCUGAGCCGCCCGUGGACCGCAUUGAGCCGCGCGCAGUCCCAGGCCCGUCUCUGGACGCGCUGCGCACGCGUCUCGAGAACGUGCGCCGCGCCAGCACAACGCCAGCGACGACGGCCUUGGGCACAUUCGCCGCCGAGCGGCGUGCGAGCGCACUCGCGUGGCCCCUCUCCGAUACCCCGACGAAGCUGCCGCCCGCUGAUCUGGGCGGUCAAAGUCGCAGCAGUCGCAGCAUGGGCGACGAGCGCACGACGCCUGAUCCUGCUAUGCGCGCCAGUCCGGCACCUCAGCCUGCUGUGGCUGCGUCUGUGCGCAGCGAGAACGCUGAGCCCGACGGACCCAACGUGUCUGCGCCGGCGACGCACGCGACACCGGCGCGCCCACGCGCGCUGCCACCGCCCAGCGUGCCAGGUCCGGCCGCUGCGCCUCCGACGCGCUCGCCUGGGCGUGAACGCCCUGUGACGCGCCCCAUGCGUCCCCGCACGCCCGGCGCAACGCCGGUACGCAGCGGCAAGGUUGGCACAGUGGCCGCGCCGCCCUUUGUGCAGCCAGCAACGCCAACGCCGGCAACAAGUACUGGGACAGCGCGGGGACCCAAUGCGACACGCUCGCCCGGUCGGCUGCGGGAGGAGAAGCUCUCGCCGUUCCGUGCCUCGACCAAGGAGCCCUCGCCGGUCCGUUCGCGCCUGCCCGUAUCGCCCGCGCGAAUGGGUGCAUCUAAGAUUCCAAGUCCAGUGCGCAAGCCAGUGCCACCCGUGUCAAUGCGAGCUGCCUCGCCCGAGUCGGGUAGCGUACAGCGCGGGAUGCCUGCGCGGCCUGCCUCUGUGGCAGAUGUGCGAUCGAUGGCGCCUGGGCUGGGCGAACGCCUCAAGGGCCUACUUGGCCUCAACGUACCGGCCAGGGACGCGCCAUCGCGACCCGUCUCACCCACCGCGCGCGGCAGCGAUGGCGAAGAGGGACCUGCACCAAUGCCAGGGUCGUUUGAUGAGCCCGAGGCGCCGCCGGUGCGUCCUCUAUCCAUGUCGACGUCGGCAGUGCCGGUUUCUGCUUCUGCGCCCAAGCGUCCGUCACAGGCAGGUUCCACGCCGCUCAGGCCCACGCCGCUGCCAAAGAAGGGCGUGCCUGUGCGGCCCCUUGCGCGGCCUGGCAGUGCUAUGCGUGUCUCGAGUGCAACGCGGCCAGCGUACACGUAUGAUACCGAAGGGAAGCGGCGCAAACUAUCGCAGCGCCCGCUCCACGAGUCGACCAAUGUGGAGGAACGCGCGUCGACGGAGGAUGCGCUAAAGAGCAAGUUGACUACGGCGGGCGGGGUGCGCGCUGCUAGCCACACGGUGCGUGUAUCGAGCAGCACGGCACGCAACGCGCCUACGGCACCGCGGCCGUGGGCGGCGGCGCAGCGCUCGAGCACGCUGAGCACGCAGAAUGUGUUCCAGCAGGCGGCGCCCCCUGCGCCCUCGGCGGACGAAGAAGAGCUGCCGGAUGUGGCGAGUGAGUACUCGGACUCGGACGACGAGGCGUCGAUCCGUAAGCGGUCGCAGGAGCCGUCGUGGACGCGCGGUCGCGAGCUCGAGGCGCUCCUGCUGCAGCAAGCGACGGUGGACCCUGACGAGAUCUUUGGAUCGGCACCGAACGAGCUCCGCAAACUGGAAUGGGCCUGA